AUGAGUGAUCCCCUCUCCAUCGCAGCUGGCAUCGCCGGAUUCCUCUCCCUUGGGAUCCAAGUGACGCAAACCUUGGUGGAUUUCUAUUCGGUCUACAAAAGCCAAGACGCUGAUAUUGCAAAAAUCACUCGAAACAUGGAGAACCUUCAAGGCGCUUUUCGAUCCCUGGAGAGUGCAAUCCAGAAACGCCAAUCUCAGCCUAACGCAGAAGAACUACUUAAAGAAGUCGAAAAGGCCACACAGAGAUGCCAUGAGAUCAUUCACGAGCUUCGGGCUGAGUGCCAGAAACUCCAUAGCGAAUCUGUUACCUGCUUAAAAGGUCGUCUUCAAGCUGCUGGACGCCGCGCCACCUAUCCGUUCCGAAAAAGCACAAUACAGAAGAUCGAAGAAGAUGUUGGCGCGAUACGUGAAAACAUGUUAUUCGCACUCAACGUGCUACAGUUCAAAAGCCACAAUCGGAUUGAAGAUGAAAUAUCGGCAGUCAGAUCUCUUCUUAAGCGGACAAACUCAAGCCAAAUUUCUUUCGCCAUUCGUGCCUGGCUUCAGGCACCCGAUGCAUCUGUAAAUCAUAACGCCGUCUAUGCAAAACACCACCCGAAAACUGGACAGUGGUUUCUCAAUGGGUUCGCAGGAUGUGGCAAGUCGGUUCUCUGUUCAGUCAUAAUACAGCAUACAUUUCGUGAGACGAAUCACAGGAGCGGAGUAGGAAUCGCAUUUUUCUACUUUGCUUUUAGCGAUAAGUCAAAACAGGAUGCCCAUAGCAUGUUACGUGCAUUGUUGUUACAACUAUCGGUGCAGUUCCAAGACGGCCAAAAGGAACUAGAGCAACUACACAUACUAUCCCAGUCAUCCACUCCUUCAGUGCAAGUGCUACUACAAACACUUCGAAGAUUUCUUAAACGGUUCCUGGACAGCUAUAUCCUACUCGAUGCACUAGAUGAAUGCCCCCGAGAUAAUGGCAGAGAGGAUGUUUUAAGAGUGAUACAGGUGAUACGGGACUGGCGCUUGCCUAGUGUUCAUCUCUUAGUAACAAGCCGGGACCAGCUUAACAUCCGACGAUCAUUAAAACCCUCUCAUGACUGUGAUCUAUCAAUGAAGAAUUCCGGAAUUGACAAAGAUAUCUUUGAUUUCGUCUCUUAUUACUUCAGAUACGUGGAAUGUCAGCUCAACUCUUUUCGACGAGCGCGCAACCGAAACCAACUUGACAAAUACCUACACAGCUUGCCUCGCGAUCUAGAUAAAACCUAUAAACGCAUGCUUUAUAACAUUGAUGAAACAUAUAUUAAGGAUGUACGACGUAUAUUGAGUGUCCUUAGUUUCGCUAUCCGACCCCUCACUAUUAGUGAGUUGAUCGACGCUCAUACGGUCGAACUUGGUGAAUCACCGUAUCUCGAUCGUGAGGGCCGAUCCUAUAGGCGAGAUGAUCUUAUUGAUAUCUGCCUUAGACUUGUAGAGGUAGUGGAAACCGACAAUAAUAAUGGACAAAUGAUCUCGAUCGCUCGCAUCGCUCAUUUCUCUAUCUAA